AUUAUUUAAUUUGUGUCUUAAAAUAGGGGAUGUAAGAGUAAGAAGUGGUAAGAGAAAGAGGUCGCAUAGAAGGGGGGAACGCAAAGAACAGAGUCAGCGUCGUUGCAUUUGCAAUCAUUAAUCAUACUUAAUUAUUAUUACAAGUGAACGACGCCGUUGCAUUCCCAUGGCAGAGGAUGGAAAGCCCGAUGCUCAGCUCUUUCAGCUUCUCUCCAAUCUUCUCCUUGAGGUAGAAGCACUGACAAAUCAAGAAGAAGUUGAACUGCGUUCCAAAAUUGAAACUCUUGGACUAGAGGUCACAAAAGUUCCUUCAAAGUCGACGAAACAACUUGACGAGUUGGAAAUAGCUAAGGAGUUGGAUAGAUUAUCAGCAAAAUUGGAUGAUGUUGAUGAGAUGAUAUCAUCCACCAUGGCUGCAGAUCCUCAGGUGCAAUCUCUAUUAAGUUCUACAGCUGACCUGUGGAUGCCAGUCAUCACUGCUACAUCUGAGGAAAGGCGUAAUUUUACAGCGUCUCCUGGAGACAACACCACCCAAACGGAUGCAGAAAACUCUAAAUAAAUUUCCUAUUUUCUUGUUGAAUAUGGAUACAAUGUUAGUGCUUUGUAUUAUAUCUAAUAAACUGACAUGCAUAAAGAAAGUGUCUCACUAUACUGUUCUUUUUCUGACAUGGGAAUCAAUAUUAAAAAUUGUCAAAGAUAAAAAGGAGGAUCUAUCUUCUACUUAGUAGCUGUU